AUUUACUAGAUCAGGACUUCCUUGUUUACUUUGACAAUAUUAUGAAACGUAAUAUAUAUCUUAUGGUGAUUAAAUGGGCUCUGCUUAUUAUACAAGCUUCAGAAUGUAUAAUGGAUACGUGUCCCAGUACUGAAAUAACAGCAUCAACGAGAGGUAAAAAGUAAAAUCACAAAAAUACUGAACUCCGAGGAAAAUUCAAAACGGAAAGUCAUCGUAUAUAAAUCAUAUAUAUAAAUAUAACAAAGCAUGUGUAAAUGGCAAAAAUGUGCCAAACAACAACAUCGGUGGAGGAUGAUAAAGAUGGCAAUGCUAACUUUGACAGUGUAUUUCUCUCUCUAACAGAGCGAAGUCAUAACUGUUCAUGUUUUCUAUCAGUAAAGAACCUCAAAACAUUUGUAAAUCUGUAUAUCAGGCGACUUAACAACCUUACAGGUCAGUCACUGUGUGGGAUGGAAAUAGAGAUCUAUCAACGUAGACGACAAGAAUUUAUUUUACUUAACCGAACACCUACUAGAUGUGACAGUAAAGAGACGACGAUAAGUCUUUCACUUAUAAGAAAUGAAUAUAUACAGUUCACAUCCAGAGUAGUAGACGGGAAUUUCUCUAGUGGAUACUGCAUACAGAUAUCCAGAGAACACAGGGAAGGCGACGAGGACGACAGUUUUCUUGAGAUAUCAUGUGAUGGUCCGGCAGUUACGACACCACUAGAUACAUUGACACAACAUCGUACAACUCUUAACGAUGUUACAACAACAGUACAUGUAACACCGAUGUUGUCAUCUACUACGACAAUGACUGAUGAACUACCAAUACACGACAAGACAGAUUCUGAAGGUGACAGUACACUUUACAUAGCUCUGGGAACGGCUGGUGGGUUUAUCAUUUGUGUAUCAAUAUUAGUUGUAAUUUUAUGCAAAAGACAACUAUCUAUAAAAGAGGCUGAUCAAGGCGAUAACAGAAACAUGCAGUACGACAGCCUUUCUGAGUCAAGAAAUACAUUAAAUUACACUACUUUAAACAGAACAUCACCAGAUAUGGAUGACCAGCAGUAUGAAAUAGUAAAUUCAAAUUUUAUUUGAAUUGAAAUAAUGGAUUUGUUUUUGUGUCACGAGUAAUUGACCUAUUAGUGAUUUUUACGAAGAAAAAGCUGUGAAUAUUUAAUCUGGAUAAAUACUGUCCUACUAUCGUUUACCUUUUUUUUUUUUUUAUUAUAUCACCUUUGAUGGGAAAUGAUUUAAUCUUUAUCGAAUAAACAGCAAUGUUGCCUUAUUCAGUAUUCUAAAAGCGACCACACUAUUCCUCAACCUGUACAAAUGACAUAAUGAGCAGAUAAAUACAAUUCCAUAGUCAGAGUA